AUGAAGUUCAUCAUUUCAUACAUCAUGGCCGCCCUCCUUUUCGGGCUCGGGCUCGCCCAGCAAGGCAAUAUUCAAUGCCAAUGCAAAGCGCACCUCACCAACUCAGCCACCAGAACCGGAGGUCUCCGACUCUGCAGCCAGAAGGGCGGCAUUUUGAGUGAGGACAAGGAGCUCUGCACCAGGCUCCCGGAGAAGUUCACGGACGCGGACUGCAAGACUUUGGGAGAUUCUUUCUUUGCGAGCUGCGGAUCCGCUCGCUCGGAGCUGAAGAGGGGUAUCUAUAAGCGCGAGGUCGUGCCGUUGUCGACGAGACCGAUGGUGAGGAGAUUGUCCAACUUUUAA